UUUUCGUUGAGAAAUUUACGAAGUGACGAGUGUACUUGCUAUCCAUCAUACUUCUCCAUCUUCAUCUUCAAAAUGUACGAAGUGGGAUGGCUCCCUUCGCGCCUCACCUGUCCGAACUGUCGCAACGCCGUCUCCACCCGCGUCGAUUUCAUCCCUACCGAUGAAGCCCUGUUGCUGGGCACGUUGCUGGCGAUUUGUUGCCUCUGCUGGUUGCCCGCCUGCCUCACGUACGCCAAGGUAGCGAGGCACAGGUGCGGCGCAUGCGGAAUCUUCAUCGGAGACAGCGCGCCGCUUAAGGGGCUCGAUGGGUGCCGGUUGGUUCCUCUGCGUAGGCUCGGUACUUUGGGUUAGAUUUAGAUGGAUCUCGCGCUUGGUACUGGUGUAUUAAAAGCUCGAAUAAAGGUCGGUUUACGCGUUUGGUAUUUUCUUCAAUUUUUGGUGUACUUACUGCAGAUGAUUGUUGAUAGGUACUGCUUCGUGGUUGGUACUAUACGUAUAUAAUCUAUAACUACUCGUAUGUAAAUUACAUAAGAAAUAAUACAAUAUAAAAGUUUUGUAUAAAUAAAUGGAUCUAAAACAUA